GACGUCAUUCUGGCUACAUCCGAGGAAAUGAGGUAUAAAGGUACUUUCGAAACUUUGAAAUUAAGAAAUCAGAUGGAGAGAACAGCAUUGGAAAACGGUCCAAAGUUGAUCAUACAAGAAAUGCAAUAUCAAGAAAAAUGCAAAAAGCUUAUUGAAAGCAUCAUAGACGAAAAAGAGCAAGGUCAGAUGAUGAUAAAAGAAAGGGAAGCUCAGGUAGCCAGUUUGAAAGACUAUCUGAAGGAGCAGAAGGUUUUGAGAGCGUACGAGAUGUCCUACAUUAAAAAAUUCUCUGAAGCCUCUCUCGAACAACUGAAGAAAAUGAAUGAUAAACAAAUUUGGCUGUUGCAAGAAGACGAACGAAAGGUUCAACAGCUGAUUGAGAAUGACAUUAAAGCAAACGAGGUGAUGGAGUCCUUUUUGAAGAAAGAAAUUGAAAGUUAUCAGGAGUUGUUGAAUUGGUGGACAAGCAAAUAUGAAAUCGAUGUGGAAAAGAAAACAGCUGAACUGAAGGAGCUGAAGGAACGUCGGGAGAAAGAUUUGGAAUGGCAGGAGACUUUGAAAAAACGAAUCGUGGAGUACGAACAAGUGAUAGAAGAUGAUAGGCGUAUGAAAGCAAUAAAGCAAGCCGAGGAAGACUUCAUGAAGUUACAAAAUAAGAAAGCUAUUCAGAUCCAGGCGUGGUGGAGAGGACUGAGAGUAAGGAGAUGUUUGGGACCUUUCAAAAAGAAGAAACAAAAAAAG